AUGUACGCCCUCCCCCCCCCCCCCCCCCCACCUCACACUCCGGCACUCGCCCCGUUCCUUCCUCCGCUCCCGAAGGCCUCGGAGACCACCGUGGAAGCCCACCUGGCCGGGCGACUCGCGGGCUCCUUCUCUGAGCGCCUGCCCUUCGGACGGGUGGUCCUCCCGCCCGCCCUGAGGAGGGGCUCCCAGGAGCCCGCGCUGUCCCAGCUCACGGCCACGUCCAGCCAGGCCAGGGCGCUGCUGGCGAGCCUGUCCGCCAACGGCCUGAGUGCGGAGGCUCUGCUCCUCUCCUCGGCCCUCCGCCAUCACCGCCGCCUGCUCAUGGAGAAGGCGGCCGCCUCCUCCUCCUCCGUAUCCACCUCCUCCUCCUCCGUAUCCACCUCCUCCUCCUCUUCCUCCCCACCUACCCCUGCUCUGCCAGCGGCCGCCUCCUCCUCCUCCUCUUCCUCGUCCUCCUCCACGCCCACUGUGCCGUCCACGUCCCCCAGCUCCUCCACCUCCGCCUCCUCCUCCAGCCCCCCCUCCAGCCCACCCUCCCUCUCCUCCCUGGGGGGGGAGGAGAGCAGCUGCAGCAGCAGCAGCAGCAGGGGAGCAGACAGCUCUGCCCCCCCCCGGCUCCAGGGAGCAACAGGAGAGCCAGUUCCACCACAGGGAGCUGGAGGGUGCGAGGAGUCGAUGAAGAUAAGAAGAAUGCACGUUUGAAGCACCAACUCUUGGCAGAUGUGAGGGAAAUCCAAUCACAGAUAAUGGAGUCAAUGGAGAUUUAGUGACGCACAAUUAAUGUUUGGUGGGGGGUAGGGGGUGGGGGGUGGGGGGGGACUAUUGAAAGCCUUACUUCAUGUUGAACUCCAAAGACCGUUUGGACAUUUGUUUCGUACCCCAGUUUUUUUUUCAUCCCACCAUGCUGGUAGAUCUGAUUCAAUGAGAAAACUCCAUCUUUACGUGUUUGUCCUACUGAUCUCCUUCUUGGCUGUUUCUAUUGGUCGGCGGAUCUGCCACACAAUCGUACUGCCAGUUUGACCACCCAGAAAGCACACAAAUCGGCACAAAGCUCCCGCCCUAGGCUACUCCCAUUUGAUGGAUUCUGGAUGCUCACAGCAGGGAUUGCCGGAAUAGUCCUAAAUGCACUUUUGGCCUUUGCUUCAAUUGCCAUAACUCGCUCCCUCUCGCUCAAUGGAUUGUUAGUGGACUAGCUGUACUAUCUAAGCUGUAACUUGUAUCAUAGACUAUAGAGUUGCAAUAAUCAACGAGUGAAUACCGUAAUUGUAUGUUGUACCAGAAUAUCAAUAUCAAUUUAAUUUAUAUGAUGAAACGCCUCGCCUAACGUGAGCCUGCUCAGAAAAACAAAACAAAGUAAAAAAAAAAAAAAGUGCAUAAUAAUAAUAACAAUGAUAAUUGAAGUGGUUGUGUUCAAGCUGUUUUGUGGUGAAAAGGGUCUAAGGGGUGUUCUCGCAUCUCCUGCUCUGAACUCUGGAUCGGUGCUGGGUGUCGGGUCCUCCAUGUUUGUACACACGGCUGUGUUAAAGCGUUUACAUGACCUCUGCUUUAUCUCCACUGUCUAGUGAGCUCGCUGGGGUAAAUCGGAUCAGUUUGUCAAUUCAUCACUGCGUUGAUCAUAUCUCCAUUGCACUCUCUGUCCAUUUCUCCCUGCAAAGCGAGGCCGCAGCAUCAGAAGAUUCCCUCUGAAAAAGGGUUGAUGUUGAGGUAUUUUCCUUCCUAAGGAGUUUAAAAUCAAAAGUGGUCUGUUUUCAGAAUCAAAUUACUUUUUCUUUUUUUUUGAAAGAGCAUGUUUGUAUCCACUGGUAAUAUAAUAGCACAGGUUUCUAUAUUAUACAAAGCACUUGAAAAGUGAAUAGGUGUAAUCCUAUUUAUCCGAUGACAGAAGAAGUCGACAAAUGUAGAAUUGCUGUACAUUUGUAUUAAUAGGGAUUUUAUGACAAUCAGGAUUCCCCUCACUCAUGCAGGUUUUGGUCUACCCUGCCAUUCGAAACAGCAGAAUCCCCACAAAACAUCACAAAGUAUUAGCACACAUUGGUGACCCACACGUACACCUCACUAUUCUGAAAAUACGAUCUUCGAUUUUUCCCAAUUGAUGUCAAGUAGUCUAGUCCAGUCAAAAACAAACGUACGAUAGAGAUAUGUACUGCCACAUUGGUAUGGUAGCACGGAAUUAAGCACAAAGUGAUGCAUUUUUAAUGGCCUCCCUUGACUGAAGUUGGUCUUACAUAUUGCUGAAGAUAGUUACGUAUAAAAUGUUAUGUCCCCUAAAAUAGAAACUCUUUAUCCCAUUUAACUAAUUUAUGAAUCUAGUCUUAAACAAUACGCACAACGCUACUGCAAUGAAGUCGACACAUAAAAUAAAGCACACAUUUACAACUCUUCAUUAACGUGUACCUAGUAUAAGCUGAUAAUAGAGUGAUAUGUCGUUACACUUAAAGCUCUCUGAAAUGUGCGAACUAAACUUGCAGUAAAAAGCCUGUCAGUGUUCAGGCUCGAUUUUUUUUUUUUACUCGAGACAAGAAAGUCGGGCCUGUAUUGAACACCGAAAGAACAGGAAAAUAGACAUUGUUUGAGAGCGAGUACGAAGGCGGGUUCCAAGAACGAGGCAGACUUUCGACUCGCCUCUAAACGGAUGGUCUUCACAUAAACAAGAGGAGAGGGAGUUCAAGGUUGUGGGAUGGUUUCAGAACAGUUUCAGAACAGUGUUUCUUUUCUCCACCCCACCUGUUUCACUCCACCCUCGUUUUGGUUGGUUGAAUUACCGCUCGACCAAAGGUCUUUCUAGGACAGCUGUUGACAGUUCUCCCUUGUAUGAAUCUACGUGGGCAAUGUGCACCCCUGAACCAGACCGGUCUUCGUCUAUGAGACCCUGUGCUUUGAACCAUAGCCUUUAUUGCAUCUUUUCAAGCAUUCCUUCUCUCAUAAGCCUUCUCCUACAGACCUAAUACCUAAUCAGUAUUAGAUCAACGGAUACACUGACAAUAUAACCUGAUUCAAAUCCAAAGACUGGAAAUGGGCACCAAGUGUUCACAUCACAACUUAAGGAGUCAUUCUAACGUGAAGCAGGCUUCAGACAUUGACAUUGUCCAGGGGCACGCACACAGUUUACAAAAAAUAUUAUACAAAUAUAUAAAUAUAUAUACAUAAAGCGGCAAGGCUCACAGCACAGCAAUGCCCUGUAGUUAUGUCCAGAUCAGCCUUGCCUUUCCGGUUGAGUGGAACCAAAUGAAAUGAAAUUCACUUACUCGUGUUUUCCCACACUCCACACUCCACUCCCAGAAUCCACAGUUUGGCACAUUUAUGUUCUGGAGGGGUGGGGGGGAGCGAGCGAUGGAUAGGGGAAAGGGACUUUGUUUUUGUUUUUGUUUAAGCUCGACUACUUUUCGCUAAAUAUAGUCCAAGAUGAACCUCUCCUCGCUCCUCUCCUCCCCACUCUCCUCCUCUCUCCUCUCUCUUCUCUCUGCUUUGCAUAAAAGUGCUCUCUGGGAUAAUGUUUGAGUUUGGCUUGUGUGUCCCGGGCUGUGCUAGCGCCAUGGCUGCAGGCUCACCAGAGUGUGUUUUGAAGAUGCCGACACCCCCUCCCCCCGCUGGCAAUCGGAAACUCCUCCUCACUAAAAACUUGAAAUGAACAGCGACGCAAUGCAGAAAAUGACACAUAAAUAUAUCUAGAGUGAGGUUGUUUGUUUAUGAUCCUAUUAUAGUUGUGGCGGAAAAAAGUAAAAUAAAAAUGUGAUAUACAUACAUAGACCUAGGUUGAAAUAUAUAAUGUCAAAUGUCCUCAUCUUUUGAGUUUUAUAUAUAUAUUAGUGGCCGUUCUUUGUACAGAUACUUUCUUUUUUUAUGUCAUCAAGAGAAGAUAACACAUUUCACAUGGGUGGUCUGUUUAUUCAUACACAAGACAUAUUUUAUAAAUGUAUGAUUUAAAUAUAUGAUCUGUAUAGACAAUACAUACUCUCUGUAAUAUACGUACAUACUUCCUCACUUCUUUUUUUACUUUAACUUUAGCCCUUUAUUAGCCAGUAGCCCAGUUUCAUUUCCCUCCAUCGCUGAAUGCCCUCCGCAACCGCUCUCCGACUCUGAACAAUGGUCGAGCAUCACAGCGUUGCUCCAUGAAGACACAGCAGGCUUACCAAGCAGGAACCAAACCUGUGCUAUGGGGGCUUUCCUUCCUGCUGCAUGGUUUUUGUUUUUUGAGACGAGAGGGGAAUUCAUUCCUCUCUCUAUCGUUUUCAUUUUGUAUUUGACUCACUCCUAUAACGGAAAUCUUGGUGGUUCAAGCUGUAUGCCUGAGGCUAGCCGUGAAACAUGCACACUGUGGAAACUUUAUGGUAGGUAGGAGGUGGGGUUUGAUUCAUUGUGAGAAUCAAGGCCCUCUGAUAGGUUGAUGUAGACUUGUCUGGCUUUAAUUCUCCUCUCUAUUCCAACAAGGUUUUAGAUGGAUGAGGAUGGAUGUGAAGAAUGUAGGUGUUGUUGAUCGACAGUGGGAGCUUACAGAGGGAACCGACUUUUCCCCAGGGUCAAAUGUUGUUAUUCUUUGUGUUCCACAGUGAAUUUACCAACAGGAAGUAACAAGACAACCGACAGGAAGUCCUUUAAACAUAACCCCAGUACAAACAUGGAUUAAGUCAAGGGAAUCGUAUUAAUUUGUAAUGUUCACCCGUUUCUUAAGACCAACCUUACGUAGUAUGUGUAUGAACUUUUUACAUGAGUGUGUGGAUGUUCCAAAAAACUUGGCAUCGGAAAACAUCAGUGAACAACAAAACAAAAUCAAUGUGUACAUAGACCAAGUCAUUCCUAGCAAGCUCAGCAAUGUCUUGUCCAAAAUCAAUUUUUAUUAAUGAAAAAAUAAGACCAUGGGUACUAAAGUAUAUACAAAAACAAUGCAUGUAUAGUCUCAAGCAAUUGCACGGUGCAGUUGAAAAAUGUUGUCUAUGUGUUAUCAAAAAAUAUAUGAGAGAAAAAGUUGGAGAAAAUUAAGAGGUUUUUAAUAUUAAUGGUUCACAGGUGUAGAGAAUGAAACAUUAUUUCGGUGUCUGGGACACAGGCAUGCUCAGUCUAAUGUGUUGAUGAUGAUGACGAUGAUGAGGAAGAUGACGAUGAUUUGAAGAUAAUGACAAAGAUUGUGAAACUUAAGUAAUGCGUGAAUGGAAAGUAUUAGAGCUUCGACGCACCCCAAACUUAAAAAAAAAUCACCAACUGGUGUAACUCUUCCCAUGGAGGGAUUUUCUCCCAUUUUUUGUAGAUUAGUGUGAUAUACGAACAGAAUAAUAUUACCGAAAAUAGAUCUAUCAUAUAAGAAUAUAUAAAAUUUAAAAAGCCUACCGAUACUGGAGAUAACUAAUUUAUCAGUGUGGAUGCCAUGAUGUUCUGUGAGAAACGUGUGUUUUUCUUUCCCUGUGAGAAGGUUGGCAGUGGAACUCUGCCUUCUUUUUGUACAUAAUUUGCUGUGUUUGUGUGUCUUAAUAAAGUGCAGCUCUCUUGUACAGUC